AGGAUAACAAAUGUCUGAAGGAAGUAGGGUAAUGUUAGAUGCUUAUGAUGAUCACUCAGAUCAAAGAUCCUUGUCUCUUGAUGACACUAGUAGCAUUGAAGAGUCUCCAGAGGACACCAGACUUUCUUUAGAAACAUCAAAUGAUGUUAUUCCUUAUAUUGGGCAAAAGUUUGUCAGCCAUGAUGCUGCUUAUGAAUUCUAUAGUGAGUUUGCAAAGCGAUGUGGGUUUUCUAUUCGUCGUCAUAGAACAGAAGGAAAAGAUGGGGUUGGUAAAGGUCUCACAAGACGGUAUUUUGUUUGUCAUCGUGCUGGUAAUACUCCUAUAAAAGCGUCGAAUGAAAGCAAACCACAGAGAAAUCGUAAAUCUUCUAGGUGUGGUUGUCGAGCUUACAUGCGCAUCAGCAAAAAUACAGACUCUGGAGUCCCUGACUGGCGUGUGACAGGAUUUGCAAAUCACCAUAAUCAUGAUCUCUUGGAAGCUAAUCAAGUCCGUUUUCUUCCUGCAUAUCGAACUAUUUCAGACAUUGAUAAGAACCGCAUCUUGAUGUUUGCCAAGACUGGUAUUUCUGUGCAGCAAAUGAUGAGGCUUAUGGAGCUGGAGAAGUGUGUUGAACCAGGAUUCCUGCCAUUCACUGAAAAAGAUGUGAGAAACCUACUACAAUCAUUUAAAAAAAUGGAUCAGGAUGAGGAGAAUAUUGAUCUCCUUAGAAUGUGCAAAAACAUUAGUGAUAAAGAUCCAAACUUCAAGUAUGACUUCACAAUAGAUAGUAAUAACAGACUCGAGAAUAUUGCUUGGUCCUAUGCCUCAUCAGUUCAGGCUUAUGAGUUAUAUGGGGAUGCAGUGGUUUUUGACACGACACACCGUUUAACAGCUUUUGACAUGCCACUAGGAAUCUGGGUUGGCAUGAACAACUAUGGUAUGCCAUGUUUUUUUGGGUGUGUGCUUCUGCGAGAGGAAAAUGCCCAAUCCUUUUCUUGGGCAUUAAGGGCAUUCUUAAGCUUCAUGAAUGGAAGGGCGCCCCAAACACUUCUGACUGACCAAAACAUGUGUCUCAAAGAGGCAAUAGUUACUGAAAUGCCAACCACAAAGCAUGCUCUGUGUAUAUGGCUAAUUGUGGCAAAGUUUCCAUCAUGGUUUAAUGCAGUACUUGGGGAGCGUUACAAUGAAUGGAAAGCUGAAUUCUAUAGGCUGUAUAAUCUGGAAACUAUAGAUGAUUUUGAGCUGGGAUGGAGGGAGAUGGUUGAUUCAUUUAACCUUCAUACAAAUAGGCAUAUUGCCAACUUGUUUGCAUUUCGGGCCCUCUGGGCAUUGCCGUAUUUGCGGAGUCAUUUUUUUGCGGGAAUGACUCUUCCAGGCCUAUCAAAGUCGAUAAAUGCAUUCAUUCAACGGUUCUUGAGUGCACAAACCAGACUAGCUCACUUUGUAGAGCAGGUUGCAGUUGCUGUGGAUUUUAGAGAUCAAGCCGGGGAACAGCAAACAAUGCAGCAAAAUCUACAGAACAUCAGCCUUAAAACAGGUGCUCCCAUGGAAGCCCAUGCAGCUUCAGUCUUCACGCCUCAUGCCUUCUGUAAGCUUCAAGAUGAGCUCGUCAUGGCAGCACACUAUGCCUCAUUCCACUUGGAAGAUGGUUGUUUCCUUGUCCGACACCAUACAAAGAUAGAUGGCGGGUGGAAAGUGAUAUGGGUGCCGCACAACGAGCUUAUCUCUUGCAGCUGCCUCAUGUUUGAGUUUUCAGGCAUUCUAUGUAGGCAUGCUCUCCGAGUUCUUUCCAUGCUUAAUUGCUUUCAGAUUCCAGACCGUUACCUACCUUUGCGUUGGCGCCGUGUCAACUCAUCACUUUCAAAGCUAGUUCAAAGUUCUCUGUCAAAUGAACAUGCGGGUCGGGUUCAAGCACUCCAAAGCAUGGUUUCAGUACUCAUUUCAGAAGCUGCAAAAUCUGAAGAAAGGUUAGAUUUGGCUUCUCAGGAGAUAUCCAUGCUCUUAUCCCGUAUUCGGGAGCAACCUGUGCCGAUACAUGGUACGCAAAGGAGUCGCUGAUUCAGCUCAAAACCGGUGAAAACUGAAUCUAUACUCAUUGAAAGAAGUAGAUGUAUAUUUAGAAACAGAGGGUGUGGAUGUUGUAUUGUUGAAUGAAUUGUAAUUAAUCACACAGGUACUAUGACCACUGUUGUAUCACAAAUUUUGCAGGCAGGCAUGACUCAAAAUCUAUUCAGUUAACUUGGCAUGGAUUUUGCAUUGUUCUUUGCUGAUAAUCUUUUUUA